UUUGUUUGAGACAACUGCCAGUAGACGCCUGCAGACCCCAAUACAGGCCUGAAAUCAUCGUAGCCGUUAUUAGUUGUGUGGCAGUCGUACGAGUAGUAGCAACAUGAGCCGAGUUACGAUUGUUGCGGUCGCGUUCUUCUGCGCGCUAUAUUGCUCCGCAUGUUGUCUUGCCUUCACGUUUGACGAUUGCGGCUCAACAUUAGGAAAAUUCACAGAAGUAUCAGUUUCGGGAUGUCCAACAUCCGGAGAAAAGUGUGCUUUAGUGCGUGGCACUAAUGCAUCUAUAUCUAUUAAAUUUAUACCUAAUAAGGAUAUUUCGCAAGUCAAUGUACGUGUAUAUGGUGUACUGAUGGACGUACCGGUACCUUUUCCAUUAGAAAAACCUGAUGCAUGUAAGGAUCCUAAUGACGGAAUUGAUUGUCCUUUACACAAGGAUCAAGAAUAUCAUUAUACGACUACGAUGUUCGUGCAGAAGAAGUUUCCUUCGGUAAGCGUCUAUAUUAAAUGGGAGCUUGUAAAUGAUAAAGCCGAAAAAAUUGUAUGCAUAGAGUUUCCAGCCAGAGUUAAAUGAUUCAAUUAUUAUUUCAACAAUUUGGAAAUAAUACUAAAGAUUAUAUCUUGAGAAAUAUAAAUGUGCCAUUUUAAAUAAAAUAUUUUGACAUAAA